AUGUCGGGGCAGACUCUGACGGAUCGCAUCGCCGCGGCGCAGUACAGCUUGACGGGGUCGGAAGUGGCCAGAGCUUGCUGCAAAGCUACCACCCACGAGGUGAUGGCUCCGAAGAAGAAACACCUGGAAUAUCUGAUCCAGGCGACGCAGGAGUCCAACGUUAACAUCCCACAGAUGGCCGACACGCUCUUCGAGAGGGCGGGCAACGCCAGCUGGGUGGUGGUCUUCAAGGCCCUGUCAACCACGCAUCACCUGAUGGUCCACGGCAACGAGAGGUUCGUCCAGUUUCUGGCCUCCAGAAACACUCUCUUCAACCUCAGUAACUUCCUGGACAAGACCGGUUCACAGGGCUACGACAUGUCCACCUUCAUCAGACGCUACAGCCGAUACCUGAACGAGAAGGCCUUCGCCUACAGACAGAUGUCUUUCGACUUCGUCCGAGUGAAAAAAGGAGCUGAGGGUGUCAUGAGAACGAUGUCCCCAGACAAGCUGUUGAAAGGAAUGCCCACGUUGCAGGGUCAGAUCGACGCCCUGCUGGAGUUUGACGUUCAUCCACAAGACCUGAAGAAUGGCGUCAUCAAUGCAGCCUUCCUGUUGCUCUUCAAAGACCUGAUUAAGCUCUACGCCUGCUACAACGAUGGCAUCAUUAAUCUCUUAGAAAAGUUUUUCCAGAUGAAGAAGGGUCAGUGUAAGGAUGCCCUGGAGAUCUACAAGAGAUUCCUGACACGGAUGACCAGAGUCUCAGAAUUCCUCAAAAUUGCAGAGCAAGUAGGCAUUGACAAGAAUGACAUACCCGAGCUAACACAGCUUCCGGAGAGCCUGCUGGAGUCCCUCGAAACUCACCUCAACACACUGGAGGGCAAGAAAAAGGUGUCGUCUCCAACCAAUAACGGCUCAGCAGCGGGCACUCCGGUGAAGACGCUGGACACUCCCGCCGCAGCGUCGGGGGGCGGAGCCAGCCCCACCACCGCCGGUCCUCCCGCCAGACCGGCACCGCCGGCCCCCGCCGCCGUUUCAGCUGCCGCCGCCGCCACAGCCGCUGCUGCCUCCGCCUCCGCCUCCGCCGCCGCUGGCGGCUUGUCUAAUGACCUUGUGGACUUUGACCUGUUGGCUCCAGGAGCAAGUUCAGGACCUCCGACAUCCUCCUGGGGAGACUCCCUGACUGCUCCUGCUGCCGCUAGCUCUGCUGAGCCUGCUACCGACUCCACCCCUGACGCGGCUGCUCGGGCCAACGCUGAGGCCAACGGCCAAUCAGAACCCGCCGCGGCCGCUGCUGCUCCUGCCCCUGCGGCAGUCGCGGCCCUGCCUGUGCCCGCCCCCACCACCUCCAUCUCCGACAUGGACCUGUUCGGAGACGCGUUUGCUCCCUCCCCCGGGGAAGGCCCGCCCACUGGGGGCGGUGCUCCAGUAGCUGCUGUUGAUGCAUGUGCCGGAUCUGGGAGUGGAGCCAUGGCCCCAGAGCUGGAUCUCUUUGCCAUGAAGCCAGUAGACGUUGGCGCGGCGGCGGCGGCGGCUGCCAGCCCCACGGCGGGUGCGGAGAUCUCCUUUCCCUCGCCCAGCGCCACUGAUGCUGAUGCUGAUGCCACCGCUGGUGCUGAUGCUGCUGCUGCUGCUGCCACCACCUCCCCUGAUGCCGCCACCGCCAUCGUCACCUCCGCUGCCACCUCCGCUGCCACCUCCCCAGACGCCGCUGCCCCCACCACCACCACCACCACGGCCUCCACGGCCUCCGAAGCUGCUGCUGCUGCUGCUGCACCCGCCUCGGCUCCCUCCCUAGACCUUUUUGGUGGUCAAGAGGGGUCGUUCAACGAUUCAGACUCUGAAACUAAAUCUCCUACUGCAGAUAUGUUUGAUUCUAUGCCUGAGCAAACCUCCCCCUCAGCAUCCAAAGCAGACGCUACUCCUAGCAUAGGCCUAUUUGGUGCAGAUCUCCCUACAAUCUCCCGUGGGCCCUCCCCUCUUCCCCCUGAGGCUAAUGUGACUGGUGAUCUGCUGUCGGAUCUUUCCCCUGCGGCCCCUCCCGCCGCUUCAGUGGGUGGUGACAUCACUGCAUCCUCUCCGCCCAAACCUGACGCCGCCCCGGUCAUCGACCUCUUCGGAGAUACCCUUGGAGACCUGCAGCCCAUUGCCCCCACCGCCACAGGAGCUGACCUGCUGGGAGGCCUGAGUCCAUCGCUGGCCCCCGGUGAAGCCCCUUCUCUGGCCCCGGCGUUGGCCCCAGCUCCAGCCGCGACGGCGUCUCCAGCCCCCACGAGCGCCCAGAAUGACCUGCUGGAGGCCGCUGGGGACUUGCUAGCACCCACAGAUGCAGCUGCUGCCCCAACAGCGCCCUCUGGAGGAGGUUUUGAUCCUUCAGUGUUCGACGGAUUAGGGGAUCUGCUCAUGCCCACAGUCACGCCCCAGAGCACCGGCGGCACGCCCAUGGCCCCCGCCACUCCAACGCCGCUAGCUCCCUUAGUGCCCAUGGUACCCAUAGGAGUAGCGCCGCUAACAGGAAUAGCGCCGCUAACAGGAAUAGCGCCGCUAACAGGAAUGGCGCCGCUAGCAGGAAUGGCGCCGCUAACAGGAAUGGCGCCGCUAGUAGGAAUGGCGCCGCUAACAGGAAUAGCGCCGCUAGCAGGAGUAGCGCCGCUAGCAAGAGCCCCAUUAGUGCCUGCUGGAGCUCCGCUAGCUCCAGCCCCAGGGCCUGCUCCAGGCGCCCCACCCACUGCAACCCCACCUGCCAAACCCAUCGGAGGAGACCUGGAAUCGUCCCUAGCAAACCUGGUUGGAAACUUGGGAGCUGGACCUCAAAAAAAGGACCAGCAGUGGAGUGAGAAGAAGCUGACAGGCGGCGCUCAUUGGACCCCGCAGGUGGCCCCGACCAGCUGGGGAGCCCCUGGGGCUCAGAUGCCUGGUGCCCCUCCCACACCUCCAGCUGUAGGAGGCUUGCAGGGCUUUGUCAUGCCUGCUGUGGGUGCUCCUGGUGCUCCUAUGAUGGCCCCCAUGGGAGCUCCGAUGAUGGGACAGCCCAUGAUGAGACCUCCUUUCGCUGGAGCAGCCGCCGCUGCACCAGGGGCACCGCUGUCCCCUGGGCCUGCUGUCCAGAGCCCUAAGAAGCCAAAAGACCCCCUGGCUGACCUCAACCUCAAGGACUUCAUGUGAUCACCCAGAUUUUCUUCCUUUAGUCUGGAUUGGAGUGGAACACGUUUGCCUGGUCUUUACCGACAGCCCCCUGAACCCCCAAGAUGAAAGGAGCCCCC